GAGUCAUCGCCAUGGCACUCAAAACUCUCUCAAGGCAUCUGAAGGUGCCAGAGCACGAGGACCACAUCUCCAAUGUGUGGAUCAACGACGACAUCCGCCCCUUACCUCCGCAUAGACGUACUUGGACUCGAUGGGCAGUAUUAGCUNUCAUCUCAUUCUGGGCAAUCAAUCAAAUUGCUCUUUCCAAUUGGCAGCUCGGUGGUUCUCUCGUAGCUACCGGCAUCUCUGUUUGGCAAGCGAUCGUUGCCAUCAUCAUCGGCAAGAUCAUAAUUGCUAUGGUAGCGAUUGCCAAUGGUUACGUUGGCGCUACCUGGCAUAUCGGCUUCUGUGUUGUGUCCCGAUAUGUCUGGGGCGUCAAAGGACAAUACGUAGCGUUAAUACAGCGCAUCGUCCUUAGUCUGGUCUGGUUCGCCGUGCAGUCAUGGACCGGCGGACUCUGUGUUCAAAACGUACUCGCUGCCAUUUUCCCAAGUUUCCAGCACAUGAAGAACCACUUCCCGGCCAGCGCGAAUCUGGAUACGAAACAGUUCAUCGGUUGGGUGCUGUUCAACGUCAUCAUGGCACCCAUCAUAUACAUCAGGCCCGAAGGCAUGAAACAUAUCGUUUUGUGGAUGACUAUUGUUUCGGGCAUCACGUUGUUAUGUAUGACAAUCUGGGCGUUGUCUGCAGCGCACGGUGCUGGUCNNCCCCUGCUCAAUCAGGCAGCAUCCACGAAAACCAGCGAGGAGCUGGGCUGGAAUAUCACGCUGAGCGUCACAACUGUCAUUGGCAAUAUCGCCGCUGGUCUUGUCAAUCAGAUGGACUACUCUCGCUUCGCACGACGUCCUGGCGACCAAGUGUUUGGUCAAUGGAUCUCGAUCAUGGGUCUCGGCAUCAUCAUGCCUCUUUUCGGAUGCCUGACAUCCUCAGCUACGCAAAAGAUAUAUGGAGAAGCGCUUUGGAACCCACCGGACAUUGUCCAGAAAUGGUUGGAUACUGACUACAAUGCCAAAUCGCGCGCAGCCGCCUUCUUCGCUGGCUGCGGCUUGGUCACGUCGCAACUGGCAAUCAACACCAUUGACAAUGCCUUCUCGGCUGGUAUGGAUAUAGCUGGACUCUUCCCCAGCUAUAUCAACAUCAGACGUGGGGCAUAUAUCGGCCUUAUCAUCAGUAUUGCCCUAUGCCCUUGGCAACUGCUUGCAUCCGCAUCAACUUUCAUCAGCGUUCUUUCUGCUUACAGUGUGUUCCUCGGACCCAUGACCGGAGUCAUGAUCUGCGACUACUGGGUGGUAAGAGGAAGAAAGCUAAAGCUCUCGGAUCUCUACCACGGUGAAGAGGAUGGCAUCUUCUUUNUCUGGAACGGUGUCAACUGGCGAAGCUUUGCAGCCUGGAUUUGCGGUUGGAGCUAUCUUAUUCCUGGGCUGCUUCAUGCAGUCAAUCCUGGCAUUAGUGUUCCAACCGCUUGCACAAGACUCUACUACCUUGCUUUCCCGCUAGGCUUUGUGGUCAGCUUUUCUAUCUACUACGGCCUGAAUCUCGUUUGCCCUCCUCAAGGCUUGGGAGUCAUCGACGAGGUUGACGAGUUUGAGACCUUCACGGUGGACGAAGCACAAAAGCUAGGCAUCCUCCCUCCAGUCAUUCAUGGUGACAUGCAACAAAUCGACUAUGGGCUGCGCCUCGAGGCUGAACUACAGAGACCAGAUGACAAGACUACUGUGGUUUGCAAG